AUGAAGGUAUCUUCGGACAUGCGUCUGUCCUGGCUUCAACGAUGGCAGUCCAUGGAUGAAGAUGGCUCCAACCUUCUAGACUACACCGAGUUCCUGCAGGCGUGCGGGCUCCGCGAUAACAUUUGGAGCUGGCGGAUGUUUAACCUGCUCGACAAGAACUUUGUAGGUGUGAUGGAAGCUUAUCUGGGCGCACGCGGGUUUGUCACGGCCGUUAACCGACGGGUCGCUGCAGCCGCUCAGCGUCAAUUUCAAACAAUGGCCUUGGCUGCAGCAAGCAAAAAGAUGCAAGUGUUGAACGGCAUGAGCUCAAUUGGAAACACUACAGCAAAAAAAAUCAGGAGGGUCGCGUCCGAAUCUAGCAUCGGGCGUCAUCUGAAUUCAGGGGGCAAUGAGCGACCAACAGUUGCUAAACCUGGAGACGUCGUCAUGAAGCGACUUAAGUUGUGGACAACAGCAACAAGUGCCGUAGACAGCGAGCGACCCUUAACGACGCGCGUGGAAAGAGUGAGAGCGACGCUUCGAAGAGUCGUAUCGGACUCCGAUCUGGGAAAUAUCGGCAAGUCUGAGAGAUCAGCCAAGUUCGGGGAGAGCCUUACAGGCGCCCGGGCUCGCUGGGCACGAUCAAUGAGCCCAGCGGAGCUCUCCUCUUCCGUGAAAACCGCCAGCAAGCGCGCGACUAAACACCUUGCGGAGAGUGCGCGCGACAUCUCCCAAAGCGGAGGCGCCAUUCGGCAGCUGUCGGCCCGAAAGAUGGCGGACACGCGGGGCUGGCUCAAAGUUGAGUCUGAAAUGCUGACCGAAGCAGCCAAGGGUGCGGCCAGGGACUUGGAGAAGUUCGGGAGGCUCAAAGCAAUAGCUACCGUCGCUGUUGCGCGACCGGACGACGAGACGGCCCGGAAAACCGGCAAGCGAGUCGGCGAGGCUGCCAAGGUCGGCGGCGAAAAGGCCCUUGCAGCUCUCAGGCGAUCCUUUGUCGCCAUCACCGCCGUGAGAUACUUCAGUGAGGCUGUCAAAGACGCUGCACGAGGAGGACUGCGACGGCAAGAUCAGCAACGCCCGACCAGUGCCAACCUGGGCGGUGAUCCAGACGUUGCCGAUAGUGGAUACGGUAUGCUGCUUGGUGGAGACGAGGAUAGCGAGGAUUCACAACGAGCUAGAGAGGAUGACGAGAGCGAGGUGCCGGCGACGGCGGAAGAAAAACUCUGGGAUAUCCUGACCGAUGCUAAAGCCAAGGCGGAGGUGAAGGUGUUCCAGGAGCGACACUGGGCAGCAACGGAGAAGUUUUACGAGAACCUUGUCACUGCGACGGAGAGGCUUGAAGAGAAAAAAACCAAGGAGAAAGGGAAAUACUCAAUCUUGAACGGGAUUGUUGGCAAGAAGCAAUUUUUGAAUGUGACCCCCUGCCUCCCUUUACGGUCCGGGUACGAAAAAAGAUACGACUUCUCGGCGGACUUCCCGAAACUAUGGUGCGUGGCUACCAUGCGUGACAGCCAAGGCGAAAGAAAGAUCCAGUACCGACGGAAGCGGCGAUCGAGCGCGUCGAAAAAGGCGGCAAAUGUCUUCAUGUGCCUCGGCCUCGAUGUCAACCGACAAAGGAAACGAGAACAAUCAACCGUGUGGCAAGUACUUGCAAGCAUACAAAACAAUAAAUUAGUACUCCAACAACACCAGGAGGCCGGCGAUGACAGCGGCCGCUCGAAGUUGGCAAAGGCUUUCAACCGGUGGCGGCUGAACACCUGCGACGCCGCCGUGGACGACCUGAGCGGUAGCUUGUCAACGCUAAGUAAAGGUGGCAGGGCGGCAUCAGAAGAGAGUUCCACGAACGCCCCCCGGCACAUACCGAGCCUCAUGGAAAUGUGGGAAUCUGCUGCUGCUGCUGGAGAGGGCGAGGGCACCCAUCUGCACGCCAUUAUCAUGAAGAAGGUUCAAGCCGACCGGCCUCUUCCACGCGAGCUGUGCGAGGCGUACGAGCGGGAGAUGGUCGAGAGGAUCGACCGUCGCCAGGCGGAGAACAACGUCCCCAUCGUCCCCAUGCCCAUUUGCUAA